UUAAAAUGUCUCUUAUAUUAAGUCAAAUCAAUAAGGAUAAUGUGAAAAUAGGGAAGAAUUGCUGUAUUGCAUUAGGAGUUUAAAUAAUAUCAGAAAUAGGUGAAAUAAUUAUAGGAGAUUAUACAAUAAUAGAGGAAGGAUGCAUGAUUAGAAAUAAUCAUUUUAAGAAAAUGAUAAUAGGUUCUUAUAAUGUUUUUGAGAUUGGAUGUAAGAUUGAAAAUACAAAUAUUGGAGAUUGUAAUGUAUUUGAAAUGAGAUGUACAUCUAUUUAAUAAAUUAGGCUUAAUUGAAAGUGGAUGUACAAUAGAAAAUAAUUGCAGAUUUGGUAUAAAUUCAAGAAUUCCACCUAAAUAGAUUUUUCAUAACUUUUCUAGAGUUUAUUAUCCUUUUAAUUGUUUAAAAGUGCCAUAAUAUGAUUCAUCAUAACAUAAAGAAGAAAUUACAGAAUUAUGUUUUGCUUUAAUUUAGAUAGGAUCAAAGAAAUGA